CAGCACAAGUGGAGGCGCCUGGUAUUUUAAUGUCAGGCUUUUUGGGAUUGUUUUUGGUGAUAAAAUCUCGUGAAAAAUGGCUCAUAGCCGGUUGGAAAAAAUAGGAACGAUAUUCACAAGGACAUCUGGGCUCCUGAAGAGUGGCGCAAUGAAGCCGGAAGAUAAGCCCCUUUGGUAUGAGAUUUACAACGCAUUUCCCCCCAAAGCUGAGCCUAGGUACGACAGACCAGCCCCAAACACGACAGUCAGAGAUAUCUUCUAUCCCGAGGAUGUUGUCAGAGCGAAGUUCCACAAACUCUCCAAGACCCAAGGAACAAUAAAUUUGUCUGAUGGGAAGAAUAAGACUCACUGCCAGAUUUUCAUAGAUAUCUACAAUAAAUUGAAAGAGGAUGGGGCGCUGUCGGAAGAGAAGAUUCUCGAAGCUGCUCAAUUGAAAUUGGAGCAAACCAUUCAGGAGGAGAGGCUCAACAGAGGAAGCUCAGGACUUCUCUCGAGCUUCACAGAAGCCAAGACCAAGCAGGAAACGGGAAAUGUUAACAUUACUGAGCUAUUCAAGUCAUAAAUGUAAGAAAUCAAACAGUUCUUGGUGGUAAAUAUAGGUUAAUUCUUUAGAAA